CUCUUCUGCGGCUUCCGAUGUAUAGUCAGCCAUCUGUACCGAAUGGAUAUCCAUAAUUUAUUUUUCAUUUUCGUGCGAUCUUUUGUUGGGUCCGUGGUUCAAUUUUCGCUGAUCCACCAAAACAUACUUUAAAGUUAUCGAUUAUCAGAGGGUUUCAAAAGUUUAGUCGGCAUAUUAAAAAAGACUUCUUUUAUUUGAUAAAAUGAACACUAUUAUUUGUUUGACAGGUUCUACGAAGGAUUUCAUGAAUAAUCAGUAAAUCCAAGAGGGCCAUUCAGUAAUAUGUUAACGGUGAACCAGACGAAGAACGCCCUCCUUGAUGGCGCCUCCAUUGAGGAAGAGCCCUACACAUCUCCGCAGGACAGCGAUGAAUUCUUCGAGAGCCUGGACAAACCGGCAAAGGAGCCAACCAAACUGGAACCCAGAAACACCUUCAUCCGCGCCGGAGUGUUGACCACCGUGAGAGGUUCCGCCUACAUGGAGUAUGGAAACACCAAGGUUCUGGCCAUUGUGGCUCCGCCAAAGGAGCUACUCCGGGCCAGCGCCCGCAGAAUGAACAUGGGCGUGCUGAAUUGCUAUGUGAAUUUUGCGGCCUUCGCCUCAGGGGAUCUGGAUUCGGUGACGGAACGGGAACGCCACCUGAGUGGCAUGCUGACCAAGGCCAUGGAGCCAGUGGUGUGCCGAACGGAGUUUCUCAACUUUCAGCUGGACAUACGGGUGCUCAUUCUGGACGAUGAUGGCUGCCUACUUAGCACGGCCAUCAAUUGCUGCGGAGUGGCUUUGGUGGAGUGCGGCAUUUCCACGUACGAUUUAGUAACAGCCUCAACGGCGUGUAUCUAUCGGGAUCACGUCUUCCUCAAUCCCAGUGCCAAGAUCGAGGAGUUGGCCCGGAAGCAUCGCCGCGGCAGCAACGCCGUCCAGGAGCACGGCCUGAUCAUUACCGCCAGCAUGGACACCUUUGAACAGAUCGCCCUGUGUAAGCAGUACGGAUAUCUGAGUAUUGUCACCUAUAUAAAGCUACUGGACUACACCCUGGCGGUAAACAAGUCCCUGAGACAACUAGUCAGAGGCGUACUCACAAAGCGGGUAAAGGAGCAGCACGAACUGGAUCUCCGCGAGAAGGCCGAAAGCGCUCUAGAAGAUCAGCGGUUGGAGGAGAUAAUCGAGAAGCUAAAGAAGCAAGGACCGGAAGAGUUUAUACAGUCGAACAUCCGGGAAGAUCCCUAUGUAAAAAGGCAGUAGUUGAUUGAGAAUAAAUCAUAAUGAUUUCAUAAUAA